AUGCCAACCACGCUUGAAGCAGUGAACACGAUACCACAGCAAUCUGCGUACCCUCAAGCUGCGGAAGCACUCCCUGCUGCUAGUGCGGAGAAGCAUGAGAAGAACAUAGAGGAAACCACUGAAAAAAUACGUGAACAGCCUUCAUCAGAAGCACAAACCCGAGGGAGACGACUUAUGUUUGAAGAGGAGCAAGAAGAAAAACGGAAUGACACCGAAAAGAAAGGUUAA